CAUGCGUGCGUUUAAGUGUGCCGCACAUGCACUAUUUAUGAAUUGACAAUCUCAGAAUGAAAGCGCUGGACGCAUGCGCAGUAGAAGCAGAGUAGGCAAACGCGCAGCAUCGCAGGGAAUUAAACGCGCAUGCGCAGUCUCCAGCCUCCGCUCAUACCAUGGGAUGCUGCUGAUGCUGAUGCUGCUGCUGCUGAUGCUGCUGAUGCUGAUGCUGCUACGGCUGGAGAGAGAUCCAGCGUGCCUGCUCGCCAGCAGGAUGCCAAACUGAUGCGGAAGGAAAUGCGUCUGGGAGGCGUGUGUGUUCCAGAGCCAGACAGAAUCCGAGGAGAUGCGGUCAAACGGAAAAAACCUCACGGAUGCUCUUAUGUCGCGCGCUGGUUACUCCAUCCCGCUUCAUCCAGCGAGUCGCCCUUGAUGUAGGAGCAAAGCCUUCACGUCUUCAGCCAUGAACACCACCGCAGUGUGUUUUCUGCACAAACCCAAAGCGAGGCUGGCGUGUGUGUGCGCCGCGCUGUUGUGGCUCCACGCAUGCUGCUGGAGCGUGUGUGUGGUGGGGGCAGAGGACCACUUCAGCCCCGAGGUUUGGCUACAAAGGUAUGGCUACCUCCAGCCCACACAGCCCAACAUGGGCGUCCUGCGUUCUGCUGGAACUGUUGAUUCAGCCAUCGCCGCCAUGCAGCGUGUCUAUGGCCUUAACGUCACGGGACAUUUAGACCUGAGCACUAUAGAGUGGAUGAAGAAGCCCAGGUGUGGAGUUCCAGAUCAGGUCAGGAGACUGUCCGGCUCACCGUCACGGACACGUCGAUACGCGCUCACGGGACAAAAGUGGCAGCGCACGCACAUCACUUACAGUAUUAAGAAUGUGACCCCAAAGGUGGGCGCACGGGAGACUCACGAAGCCAUCCGGAGGGCAUUUGACGUGUGGCAGAGCGUUACGCCUCUGAACUUCGAGGCUGUUCCAUACAGUGCGCUGGAGAGCGGUAAGCGCGAUGUAGACAUCACCAUUAUCUUUGCAUCCGGUUUCCAUGGUGACAGCUCUCCGUUCGAUGGAGAAGGUGGCUUCCUGGCUCACGCAUACUUCCCCGGGCCUGGGAUAGGGGGUGAUACGCAUUUUGACUCUGAUGAACCCUGGACCUUGGGCAACCCCAACCAUGAUGGUGAGAGAACGGCAGGGAAUGACCUGUUCUUGGUGGCCGUCCAUGAGCUGGGCCACGCUCUGGGUCUGGAGCACUCAAACGACCCCACCGCGAUAAUGGCCCCAUUUUACCAGUACAUGGACACAGAGAGCUUCAAAUUGCCUCACGAUGAUCUACAAGGCAUCCAGAAAAUAUACGGUCCUCCAGAUAGAAACCCUCAGCCAACCCGCUUGUUCACGACGGCGCCACCUCCUCGCCUUCACCCUCCAUCGGAUCCUCGGAAGCACGACCGGCAGAGCCGUCCUCAUAGGCCGCCACAGAAAUCCAAACCCUCCAACCCCAACUCCAAACCUAGCAUCUGCGAUGGUGGUUUCAACACCCUGGCCAUCCUGCGCCAAGAGCUGUUUGUCUUCAAGGAUCAGUGGUUCUGGAGGGUGCGUGAUAACUCGGUGGUGCCCGGCUACCCCAUGCAGAUCAGUUACUUCUGGAAAGGGUUGCCCCCCAAAAUCGACGCUGUCUAUGAGAACAGUGAGGGCAAGUUUGUCUUCUUCAAAGGCCAUCGCUUCUGGGUGUUCAAGGACACCACUCUGCAGCCCACGUACCCUCAGGACAUCUCUCUGUUCGGCACUGGGAUGCCUUCUCAGAACAUCGAGACGGCGGUGUGGUGGGAAGAAGUGGCUAAAACCUAUUUUUUCAAAGGGGACAGGUACUGGAGGUACAAUGAAGACAUUCGGAGUAUGGAUCCUGGUUAUCCCAAACCAAUCACUAUUUGGAAGGGCAUCCCAGAUUCUCCUCAGGGUGCCUUUGUGGAUAAAGCUAAUGGCUUCACAUAUUUCUACAAGGGAAAAGAGUACUGGAAGUUCAAUAACAGGAGGCUGCGGGUAGAACCGGGGUACCCCAGGUCCAUCCUGCGAGAUUUCAUGGGCUGCGACGGCCUGCCUUCGGACCCCGACUGGGACUGGCGGCUGCCCCAGGAUGAUGAGCCACCACAUUACGAGCAUGACGACGUGGAUAUCGUGCGCAAACCCGAGGGCACGGGCGGCACAGAAAAAGCUGUGGCCAUCGCCAUACCCUGCGUGCUAGCCCUAUGCCUCAUGGUCCUACUGCACACUGUUUUCCGAGUCAAGCGUAAGGACACCAAGCGCCACAUACUGUACUGCAAGCGCUCUAUGCAGGAAUGGGUUUAAAAAGUGGGGGGUUCUGACUUCCCCAUUCUAAGACAUGUGGGAUGUGCCAAUGUGUCUUACCCGAGGGUUGGUGUUGAACCUCAGUCUCUCAUGAGAGGGAGGAGGAAAGGUAUGGACAGCAUGCCCACGUCCUAAUUGUGGUGUCGGCUUUUCCCAGGAGCGCCGUGUCGUUAUGUGUGUGUCAUGUCAGGCCUCCGUUCUCGACUGUCCGCAGUCGUUUUUUUUCAAACUAGAACCAGAUCUCAAUGAAAUAAUCACUAAAGGACAGACAUUUUCGAAUUAAAAAAAAAAAGAAAAGAAUCUCUUACUGCUUAUCAGCUUCACAUAAAGUGUGGACUCUUACGUUCCUUACGUAUGUUUUAAGAACUGAUACUCGAACCAAAACACCUUUGGUUUCCAAAGACAAUGCUUUUUUUCUCAGAUCUUACCAUAGAUCUUAGUCAGAACAUAAAUUAACUGUGCAUACGUUUUCAGGUUUCGUGCGUUCUAUAUUUCUAUCAUCAGCUUUUACAAUCUCCAACUCUAUCUGCAAUAUUUAGUUGAAUGCCUUAAGCACAUAUUUCUUUUUCUGUAUAUGUGUGCUCGUGUGUAAGGGUAAGGUGUGUUAUACAUGUACGAUAACAAAUGGCUUGGAACCUAUUGUCAAGUGCAAAGGUUUGCAUACCUUUAGUCCAAAACAAGAGAUAAAAUGCUUAGGUUUAGAGAUCAGAUCUCACAACACCUGAAACUAAUUUCUUGGAGAAAAUGUGACCUUCUGUAUAAUUCAAUAUGUUUUAAUAUGGUAUUGAGAUAUGCUACAAAUUUCUAGCAAAUCUCUAACAUUCAACAAACUUCACUAAGGUAAUAUUGUCAUUCACAUUAUUUUGGGAGACUAAACAAAAAAAAACCGUAAUGAAAUAAUUUUUAUAUUUUGUCUUCAUUUGGGAAAACAGGGUUUGUGCAAAUUAAGUACCAGCCGCAUUCAUUUAUACAGCGUUUGUUCCUGAAAUGACUUUCAAGCUGCGGGAAGUCACAAAGCAGGUGCUAAAUGAAUCAGAUGACAGAAUCUGCACUGCAUUGUGAACUUUUGGGUUAUUUAUUGAUACAUGCAGAAGCAGAUAAUAUGUUAAUGUUAUCUUAUUUGCAGUCGUCCAUCAAGCCUCAGUAGAAACUGUUAAAAAAUCAGGGUUUUGGUUUGUUUUUGUCAUUUUGAAAACAGAAAUUCAAGUCUUUACAUCAGGGAUUUUAUGGUUUUUUUUUUAAAUAUUUAUUUAAAUAUUUUUCUGUUGUUUUUGCCUUAUAGUUUGUAUUGUCAAAGGUCACACACCCUUAAAUUUUUACUUGUUCUAAAUUUUUUUUUCGUUGUUUUUCUUCCAAAAUUGUUUUUUUCCCACUAAAAUGUUAUUGUAGAUACACAUUUUUUUUGCACUCAAUUGUACUAGAUGCUUAAAUGUAUUUAUUUCACGUUUGUUUUAUUUAGGAAAGGUCUUCCAGGUUCAAAUAUGUGAAAGAAGCAGUAAAAAUCCGACAUGUUGUUUAGCAUUCAGAAUAAUCUAUUAAUCGAAUAUACUGGAAAUAUUAUGAUGUAGAAUACAAAAUGUAGGAACGUGUAGAAACGUCGGAGCCAUUAAAGAAAUUUUAGCGUAGCACUAUAUUUGAUGAGAAAAUGCACUGAACUAAACAUUACAGUAAUAUUAACCACAAUAAUUCAAAAAAAUUACUUUUAAUAAGCUCAGAUGGAUGCGUAUGGCUUUAUUAUAGGUUUUAUACUGAAACUGGUUUAGUGAUAGAAAAAAAUUGUCUGAUGAAAUCAAGAAUUAACGAGUAUCAUAAUUAAAAAAACAAUAAUAUGAUUUUUUCUAUUUUAAAUUUUUCAUUCAUCCUUUUGUUCUGCUGUUUUUUUUUUUUUUUAAUGUUUGAUUUCUGACAUCUUCAGAAGUCAUUCAAGCUCUCCAGGAUUCAUUAAUGAGCUGAUGGGGGGCUGUGUGGCUGUUAGAAAUCUCCAGCGAGCGUCAUUGGCACCGCUCCAAUCCAAUUAACAACUUCCUGAAAUGCGAGAUCACACGGGGAUGGAACACACAGACUUCACAUUGUUAUCGAUAUGGCAACUUUCUGAACUCUGCCUUUGGAAACAAGAUGUAUAUAUUUGAACAUGCUGUAAAUAUCUCAUAUACUGUCUUGAAUAUGGAUGUAAAGGGCAGAUUAUACAGUAUUAAAUACUAAGAUAUCA